AAUUGAAUGAAACACAAAUACUUAGAUGAUACUUGCCAUCACCGCAUUUACUCUCCUAGGCUAAUUAACGAACUUGACUUGUCUAAACAAAGUUCCAAGCGUAUCUUUAACUUUAGCUAAGUUUCAGCAAUAUAAGAUCAGAAGACGCUAUCAGCAAGCAUCAAUUGUCUCACAAUGCAACCCACCUGGUUGCUUCUUCUCUCAUUUUUAGGCUUCCUCUCCCUCCUUAAGCAUUCCAUCUCCCUCCUAAAAUGGGUUUUCGACACAAUUUUCAGAGCCUCCAAGAACCUCAACAAGUACGGCUCAUGGGCUCUCGUCACUGGAGCCACUGAUGGCAUAGGGAAAGCCUUUGCACGCCAACUAGCCCAGCAAGGCCUCAACCUGAUACUGGUCAGCAGGAACUCGAACAAGUUGAAAACAGUUUUGAAUGAAAUCCGAGCAGAACUUCCCCACAUCAAGAUCAGGGAUGUGGCCCAUGAUUUCUCCAGCGAUGUAACGACGGGUGUCAAGUUGAUAGAAGAGGCUAUCAAGGAGGUGGAAGUUGGUGUGUUGAUCAACAAUGUGGGGGUAACGUACCCGGGAGCCAUGUUCUUCGACGAGGUGGAUGAGAAAGUGUGGAUGGAAGUUGUAAGGGUGAACUUGGAAGCGACUACGUGGGUCACACGGGCGGUGCUACCAGGGAUGCUAAACAGGAAGCGUGGUGCGAUUGUCAAUAUCGGGUCUGGAGCUUCCAUCGUUGUGCCUUCACAUCCUCUCUACACGAUCUAUGCCGCUACGAAAGCUUACGUUGAUCAGUUAUCGCGAUCUCUUUAUGUGGAAUACAAGCUAUGUGGCAUUGAUGUGCAGUGUCAGGUGCCGCUAUACGUGGCAACAAAUUUGGCAUCCAAGGUAGCACUAAUUGAAAAAUCAUCGUGGUUGGUGCCGACGCCGAAAGAUUACGCGGAAGCCGGGAUCCGCCACAUCGGCUACGAACCGCGGUGCACGCCCUAUUGGUCUCACUCCAUACAGUGGUGUUUUGCGCGCUUGCUACCAGAUGCUCUUCUUGAUGCUUGGCGUCUGUCUGUAGGCAUCCGUAGGAGAGGGGACCUUGUUGCCUAAUUUGUUUUUAUUUGUUUAUGCUUGCAGGCAAGCAGCAAGUGUAAGAGGACUCCUCAUUUAGGCCAUUGUGGCAACAGCGGCAACAUAUUUUAUAUAUAGAAGACAACUACAGAAUCAGUCAGACCUACACAACAGAUUUUCGCUCCAGUGUUACUUGAAACUGAAUAUACCAAUGGUAGUCUUGAUAUGUCUUUUGGAGGACAUUUGAUCAGUACGUCAAUUUUUUGGAAAACAUCCUUGAUCAACAACCACUUUUAAUGCAUAACCCCUCCUUGCCACAGAAGAUGAAAUGUUUGAAACUCGAAGGAAACUGUUGAAAAUUGUAAGCAUAUGACUUACUUGUAAUUGUUGGAUUAAUUUUGUAAUUAUUAUAGUGGUAAGGUUCUCAUUCA